UUCGCUGGAUCGGAGGAUUCAAACUUCCGGCACUGUCAUGGCGGCAUGCUGCUGUUUCUGACACCGACCAGACCGAAUACCGAGCCGCCCCUCGUUCGGCCCUCAGCGCGGCGCGGAUCGAGGAGCGCAGGGGUCGCAGACCGCGGAAAAGGCGUCCUCUCCCCCUCCACUUCAUCAUCAUCAUCAUCAGCGGCGGCGGAGGUGCUAGCGUGAGCGGCCAUGGCGGCACAGAAGCCCGUGGAGUGGGUCCAGGCCGUCAUCACCCGAUUCGACGAGCAGCUUCCUGUGAAAGUCGGCGUGCAAAACACACACACUAAAAUCAGCACCGAGCACAAUAAGGAAUGUCUGAUCAACAUCUCCAGGUACAAAUUCUCCCUGGUCAUCAGUGGACUCACCAACAUACUGAAGAAUGUCAAUAACAUGCGGAUAUUUGGAGAUACUGCAGAGAAGAACCUUUACCUGUCCCAGCUUAUCAUCAUGGACACACUGGAGAAGUGCCUGGCAGGGCAACCAAAGGACAGCAUGCGUCUGGAUGAGACGAUGCUCGUCAAGCAGUUAUUGCCCGAGAUCUGUCAUUUCAUCCACACGUACCGUGAGGGAAACCAGUACGCGGCCGAGCUGAGGAACUCCGCCUGUGGGGUUCUGUUCUCUCUGAGCUGCAGUAACUUCAGCGCUGUCUUCAGCCGCAUCUCCACCAGGUUGCAGGAGCUGACCGUUUGCUCUGAGGAUAACGUAGACGUGCACGACAUCGAGCUCAUCCAGUACAUCAACGUGGACUGCUGUAAAUUUAAACGCCUCCUGCAAGAAACUGUGUUUAAAUUUAAAGCCUUAAAGAAGCCAGCCCAGUUGAGUGUCAUCUACAAUUUAGAGAAGGCGUUCUGGAACUGGGUGGAAAAUUAUGCUGAUGAAUUCACCAGGUUGUACCAGAGGCCUCAGGCAGACAUGGCUGAGUGUGCUGAGAAGCUGUUUGAUCUGGUGGAUAGUUUUGCUGAGAGUACAAAGAGGAAAGCAGCCGUUUGGCCCCUGCAGAUCAUCCUCCUCAUCCUCUGCCCUGACAUCACACAAGACAUGUCCAGAGACACGUCAGAUGACUCGAAAGACAACAAGAAACUGUUUUUGGAGAAUCUACGGAAAGCCUUGACUGGUCACGGUGGAAGCAAACAGCUGACGGAAAGCGCAGCUAUUGCCUGCGUUAAACUGUGCAAAGCGUCCACAUACAUCAGCUGGGAGGAUCACUCCGUUAUCUUCCUGCUGGUGCAGUCCAUCGUCAUGGAUCUGAAGGGGUUGCUGUUUAACCCAGCUAAACCGUUUUCCAGAGGCGCUGGGAGCCAGAGUGCAGACGUGGACUUAAUGAUCGACUGUUUUGUCUCCUGUUUCAGAAUCAACCCUCAUAACAAUCAGCAAUUUAAGGUGUGUCUGGCUCCGUCCUCACCUCCUACCUUUCAUUUCGUGCUGGUGAAUUCUCUCCACCGAAUCAUCACUAAUUCCCCGCUGGACUGGUGGCCGAAGAUCGAUACCGUGUACUGUUACUCGGGAGAGCUGCGGCUCAUGUUUGCUGAGACUCUGGGGAGAGUGGUGCAGGGCUGCAGCAGUCACGCCCCCCUCCGGAUGACCUCGAGUUUGACCUUUAAGGAGAAAAUGAGCAGUCUGAAGUUUAAAGAAAAAACCACUGAUCUGGACACCAGGAGUCACAAGUAUCUGCUUUUGGCUUUGGUGAAGCUCAUCCAUGCAGAUCCCAAAUUGAUGCUACAUAAUCCAGGUAAACAGGGUCUGGAGGUCCACAGCAGCACGGCAGAUCUUAUCACAGGCCUGGUGCAGCUUGUGCCGUUUGCGAACAUGGGAGAUAUUUCCCAGGAGGCCAUGGAGGCUCUUCUGGUCCUGCAUCAGCCUGAAGGCAUCGAGCUGUGGAACCCAGACGCUCCUAUGGAAACUUUCUGGGACAUCAGUUCUCAGGUGCUGUUCUUCAUCUGUAAGAAGCUGUUUGGUCAUCAGCUGAUCAGCAGCACUGAGAUUCUGAAGUGGCUGCGAGAGAUUCUCAUCUGCAGAAACAAAUUUCUUCUCAGGAACAAAGAUCGGGCCACAGCAGGCAGCAACAUCGCCAUCUGCCGGCAGGCCCAGACCAAGCUGGAGGUCUGUCUUUACAUGUUCCUGUGGAGUCCAGACAUGGAGGCAGUUCUGGUGGCCAUGUCCUGUUUCCGCUUCCUGUGUGAGGAGGCAGACAUCCACUGCGGUGCAGAAGACAUCCCUGUGCAGUCCCUUCUGCCAAACUACAACACGUUCAUGGAGUUUGCAUCUGUCAGUAACAUGAUGAUUACAGGUCGUUCGGCUCUACAGAAGAGAGUAAUGGCUUUGCUUCGGAGGAUUGAGCUGCCCACCCCGGGAAACACAGAGGCCUGGGAGGACACACAUGCCAAAUGGGAACAUGCAACCAAAUUAAUUUUAAGCCACCCGAAAACGAAACUAGAAGACAGUCAGGAAUGGAUCAAUAUGACAGGCUUCCUGUGUGCGUUGGGUGGCGUGUGUUUGCAGCAGAGGAACACGUCUGCUCUGGCCACAUACAGUCCUCCCAUGGGCACCCUGAACGAUCGCAAGGGCUCCAUGGUGUCCAUGGCAUCAUGUGAGGGGAACCCAGAGACACCCCUGAGCAGGUUUCUGGACCGUCUUCUGUCGCUGAUGGUGUGCAAUCAUGAGAAGGGCCAUCAGAUCCGCACUAACGUCAAAGACCUGGUGGGGCUGGAGCUCUGUCCAGCACUCUAUCCCAUGCUGUUCAACAAACUCAAAAACGGCAUCAGCAGAUUCUUCGAUGCCCAGGGCCCGGUGCCAAUUAACGAGACCAACACGCAGUUUGUGGAGCAGACCAUCGCCAUCAUGAAGAACCUUCUGGACAACCAUACGGAAGGAAGCUCAGAGCAUCUUGGUCAAGCCAGCAUUGAGACCAUGAUGCUUAACCUGGUUAGGUAUGUGCAUAUUCUUGGCAACAUGGUUCAUGCCAUCCAGAUCAAAACUAAACUGUGCCAGCUGGUAGAGAUCAUGAUGGAGUGCAGAGAUGACCUCUCUUUCUGCCAAGAGAUGAAGUUCAGGAAUAAGAUGGUGGAGUAUCUGACGGACUGGGUGAUGGGAACAUCCAACCAGGCAGCAGAUGAUGAUGUGAAAUGCCUCACAAGGGAUCUGGAUCAGGCGAGUAUGGAAGCGGUGGUGUCUCUUCUGGCCGGCCUGCCCCUUCAGCCAGAGGAGGGGGAUGGUGUGGAGCUGAUGGAGGCCAAAUCUCAGCUCUUCCUAAAGUACUUCACUCUCUUCAUGAACUUGCUGAACGACUGCAGUGAGGUGGAGGACGAGGGUCAGCAGGUGACUGGACGUAAGCGAGGGAUGUCCAGGCGGUUGGCGUCUUUAAGGCACUGCACCGUCUUGGCCAUGUCCAACUUGCUCAACGCCAACGUGGACAGCGGCCUUAUGCACUCUAUUGGGCUGGGCUAUCAUAAGGACCUUCAGACCAGGGCUACGUUCAUGGAGGUCCUCACUAAGAUCCUGCAGCAGGGGACAGAGUUUGACACACUGGCAGAGACCGCGCUGGCCGAUCGCUUUGAGAGGCUUGUGGAACUUGUCACGAUGAUGGGGGAUCAGGGGGAGUUACCUAUCGCCAUGGCGCUGGCCAAUGUGGUGCCUUGUUCUCAGUGGGAUGAACUGUCACGUGUUCUGGUAACUCUCUUUGAUUCGAGGCAUCUCCUGUAUCAGCUUCUGUGGAAUAUGUUCUCUAAAGAGGUGGAGCUGGCAGAUUCCAUGCAAACACUGUUCCGCGGCAACAGCUUGGCCAGUAAAAUCAUGACGUUCUGCUUUAAGGUGUACGGGGCCACGUAUCUGCAGAAGCUGUUGGAGCCGUUGCUCAGGGCAGUGAUCACGGGCACUGAGUGGCAGAUGCUGAGCUUUGAGGUGGAUCCCACCAGACUUGAGACCGGUGAGAAUUUGGAGGAGAACCAGCGCAAUCUGUUACGGAUGACCGAUCGCUUCUUUCGGGCCAUAAUCAGCUCAUCUGGCGAGUUUCCACCUCAGCUCCGCAGCGUCUGUCACUGUCUCUUUCAGGCUACUUGCCACUCUCUCCUGUCUAAAGCAUCUGUCAAAGACAGAAAGGAAGUGAGGAAAGCAGUGGUUAGCCAGCGUUUCCCACAGAACAGUAUUGGAGCUGUAGGAAGUGCAAUGUUUCUGCGUUUUGUGAACCCAGCUAUAGUCUCUCCAUAUGAGGCUGGAAUUCUCGACAAAAAGCCUCCACCUAGGAUGGAAAGGGGCCUUAAACUCACGUCAAAGAUCCUGCAAAGUAUUGCCAACCAUGUUUUGUUCACAAAAGAGGAACACAUGAGGCCAUUUAAUGACUUUGUGAAGAGUAAUUUUGAUGCAGCCAGAAGAUUUUUCCUGGACAUUGCCUCUGACUGUCCGGCGAGCGACUCUCUCAACCACAGCCUGUCCUUCAUUAGUGAUGGCAAUGUUUUGGCCCUGCACAGGCUGCUGUGGAACAACCAAGAGAAAAUCGGCCAGUAUUUGUCUAGUAACAGGGAUCAUAAAGCUGUUGGAAGGAGGCCCUUUGAUAAGAUGGCCACCCUGCUUGCUUACCUGGGUCCCCCAGAACACAAACCUGUGGCAGAUACUCAUUGGUCCAGCCUGAAUCUCACCAGCUCCAAAUUUGAGGAGUUUAUGACAAGACACCAGGUGCAUGAGAAAGAAGAGUUUAAAGCAUUGAAGACUCUUAACAUCUUUUACCAGGCUGGAACUUCAAAGAACGGAAACCCUGUGUUUUACUAUGUAACUCGCAGGUAAGACUUCAUGAUACCUGACCGAUGGUUGCAAAAGAAUUACAAAGGCACACAUUGUUCUUUUGUUCAACGUUUUAUUGCUUCUAAAAACAAUCAGUUA